CAUUUCCCCAUCAAACAUUUUCCAUUAUCUCCUAAGGAAGAAAGCACAAGCACUAGAAACGGCAAGUGCAAAAUCGGAUUCGAUUCGUUUUCCAAAACUGCGGUGGCACAAUCAAUGGCAUUUGAAGGCGAUCUCAACCUCGAAGCAACCGAGCUCCGACUAGGCCUCCCUGGCACGGCGGAUCAUGACAAGAGUGGUGUGACGAAGAGCAACAAACGGGGGUUGCAACAGGCACAGUCAUCUGAUCACGAGGAGUCCAACAUCGUGUCGAACGAUGAGAAUAAGCGCGAUCACCAGGAAAGCACUCGACCUGCAAAGGCACAGGUCGUGGGGUGGCCACCAAUCCGGUCUUACAGGAAGAAUUGCUUGCAACCGAAAAAGGCUGAGCCCGAAUCGGCCGGGGUAUACAUAAAAGUCAGCAUGGAUGGUGUUCCUUACCUCAGGAAGAUUGACUUGAAGAUCUACAAGGGGUACCCGGAACUCCUGAAGGACCUGGAAGACAUGUUCAAGUUCAAAGCUGGCGAGUAUUCUGAGAGGGAAGGCUACAACGGAUCGGAAUUUGUUCCGACUUAUGAAGACAAAGAUGGAGACUGGAUGCUUGUUGGAGAUGUUCCAUGGAAUAUGUUCAUUACUUCUUGCAAGAGGCUGAGAAUCAUGAAGGGCUCGGAACUGUGAAGGCUUCUAUGGAUUGGGAUGGAUGGAAAAGAAAAAUGGUGUCUCAGUCUCCUUGAAACCGAGAGCUCGGGCUUUCGAGAUGUGGAGUUUCCAAGGAGAAAAAAAGGAUUCGAUCUUUAGAUUACUCCCACGAGUGAACCCGCAAUAAUGGAGGAGAGUUCUUGAUGAAGAUGGUUUGUUGGAGAAGAAAUGACAUUUAAAUGAAUAGCUCAUAGGACAGAUCGCAUGGACAUGAAGAUGAAACCGAUCUGUACAGAGUGGUUUACAAGGGGAACCACUUUCUUGGUUUUACAUGUUUUUCGACCAUUGAUGUAUACUGGUUUCGACUGAUCGAAAUCCGAAACAGUUCAUCACUUUUCAUCCUUGAGCUUGAACAUAUUCCUUAAUUCGAUACUCUAAAGCUUUGGGACAGAAAGAUGUUAACAUCGACGAGACUCUUCAAAUCUUAAAUUCAAAGUAACAAAGGUGACUGAGCGCU